UCGUGUAGUAAAAGUGCAUAAGCCUAAUGACAAGUUAAAGUGUACUAUUAGCUAGUUAACAUUAGCUGACUUGCUCGCUAGCUAAUGUUAUGCGUAUGCUCUCCACUUUCUGCAGGACCAAGUUUUGGAAUUUGAGUAUGAUAGCUAAGGAGAUGGAGAAAACACCAGUCUAAUUACGUUGUGCAUGGCAUCAGACAGGAGACCGUCCAACCAUGAUGUAUCCUGGUGUGUGAAGACUGAAAACAAAACUCCUUUUUCUCCUCAUUUGUAUCUUUGGGACUCUUUUGGAAUUACAGCUUUUUUUUGGAAGUGUUAAACUGACAUAAACUUCAUGUCAUGAUGAAGUACACAAAGGAUUUAUUGGAGUUUCUGGACCUGAGUCAUCUGUCCACAGAUGAGGAAUUGGCAAUCCGACAGGUGCUUCAGCGAGAUGACAACCUCAGGAAACGAGAGACUGGACGCAUACGUCGUCUGCAAAUCUCCAUUCCUGACCCUAAAAAGCUCAAAGUUAUGACUGGGGAGUGGUUUGAAGAGCUCCGGACUCGUCGCUAUGGACGACAGUCAGACGUGGCAGAAGUUCUCAGGUCUUCAAUGAGGAGAAAGAAGCCAACAGCCUUUAGGACUAGCACUUUCAGCGAUGUCGGACAAACAGAAAACAAAGAAGGAGAAAAGGAGAAUAAGGACCCUCAAACCAAGGCUUCUGAGAUCCAGACACCAGACACAAGUUUCCUCAACCUAUCUUUUCGUGAAAAGGCUAACCAGGAACUUAGCAAUGAGGAAAGCACUGUGGAUACUGACAACACCACUGUUGAUGUUCCUGAAUGGAAACAUCCACUCUACAGGUCUCAUGAGGGGCCUGCUAGUGAGGAAAAAUGUACCAACCCAUUUACAUCGCAAAAUCAAGAGAUGCCAUACUCUAACACAACUGACACUGUCCACCAAUCACCAGACAGGAAACCUGGACAAGAAAACAAGACAGAAUCUGCUUAUAUUGCCAAUGUCGUUCUUGAGUCGCAGCUCGGUCCUAUCAACGUAUCUAGUCCAGGCCCUCAAACCAAACCAACAACCAAAUCCCUGGACACUAUUGUGAAUCUGAAGUCUAGCAGAAAGCUGGUGUUUCCCGCUGAGAUAAAGGAUGAUCCAGAGAAGAACAGCUCUGUAAUGUAUGUAGAGCCCUAUGUAUGGACACAACCAGAGUUCAAAAGUAGCGUCAUAGAGGCCGAGCCAAAAGACACAGAGAUGGCCAUAGGAACAACUAAAACAAUAGUGAUAUUGCCUAGAGUUGACACACAUAAUAGGUCAGAGGAUAGCACCAUUGGUUUUGAUGUAGAGCAUUCAGAGCAUGAGUCUCUCACUACUCCGUCUUUUGAGAUCUCGUCACAGAGCAGCCACAUAAGGCCAAAGCCAAAAGAGGUCAACUUUACCCAUGGAAAGACAAAUACCGCAGGGACUCCACCUAGUGGUGACACUCUGACCCAAUCAGAAGAUAAGUUCAACAACAGGAGACCUGAUGAUGUAGUUUCAGAACGUGUGGGGCCUCAUAGCAUGCAAUCUUCAGAGGUCAAGUAUGAGAAGGAGCAAUUUCAGCUUAAAUAUGAAGAUAUGCUGGGGCUGGAAUAUGUUAGGCUAAACCGAGAUGUUUCAACAGAGAGCCAAGAACUUCAAACAGACCAAAACCACAGUGAAAUGCUGUCAUUUGAGGAUACAUACUCUCUCCAGAGAAAUGACCCUUUGCCUACCAUUGAGUCAUUCAAAUGUGUAGAGAAACCUCAGUACUUGCUCCAAGAGGAACCACAGGACAUACUCACCAUAGACAAACAUGUUCCUGUUGAUGAAUCAUCUAUCUUCAAAGAGGCCAGACCCAAGAAGGACCUAGUUUGUUCAGAGGAAUCUCUACCAUUUGCUGUUCAUGUUCAAGAUGAAGUCAUCAUUUCUAGCAAUCUCCAUACAUCAAAGGAGGAUACUGGUGAGGACAAAGAGAAGGAAGUGUCAAAGUUUAGAAAUUAUUCUCUCUCACAGACUGCAAUUGUAGGUGGCAUGAAACAUGUAACAAAGAUGGACCAUAGGGUUUCUCCAGGAGAUUUUGAUGAAGAAAAUAAACAAGAACAGAUGGAUGUAAAGAAGUCUACUGAAUCUCUAAGCAAAGCAGUGGAUGGGCAGACAUUUGUUACUUUAGAUGGAGAGGGGGUAGAUAUAUUUAAGGAAAGGAAUACUUUGGAGUCCAAGCUGUCUCCAAAUGGAGACUUUCAAAAAGUGAAUCAGGAGACUGGAAAAUGUCUCAUUCCCACAAUAGUGGUCAAUUCCUCUGAAUCCCCAGUGACAGAUGACACUGAAGAGCACCCAGCUACGUCUCAGGAACCCCCUUCAGUGGUUGUUACACCUAUGGACACCUGGGAGGAUGAGGGUCUGGACUCAGAUGACUGCAGCUCUGUCUCCAGCUAUGGGUCUGACUUCUCUGCAAGAAGAGGUUAUGGCUCCAUUGCUUUGGGCCUCACUGGGCGCACUGGCAGUCUUCUGAGUGUGUACAGUGAGGCGGGGGACUUUGGGAGUGUGACUGUCCAGGGGGCAGUGGAGUUCUCGCUAAGGUACAGAAAUGCAGAGGAGCUGAUCGUCACAGUGGAGCAGUGUCAGGACCUUGCCUACGCCAACCCUCGCAAGCAGCGCACUGACCCAUAUGUGAAGACCUACCUCCACCCUGACAAAUCCCGCCAAAGCAAGAAGAAGACCUCCAUCAAGAAACGCACAAUUAACCCAGUGUUUGGUGGAGAGACACUGAAAUACAAGAUGACGAUGGAUGAUCUGAAAGGCAGGACACUGAACCUUUCUGUGUGGCACAAUGACUCCAGAGGGAGAAAUGUCUUUCUGGGGCAGGUAGACAUUGACCUUAAGACCUGGAACUGGGGGCAUGAGACCCUUACCUGGUACAACCUACAGCCCAAGAAUCCUGGCGUUCAGGACUCUCCUGAAUAUCAUGGACUGUUGACAGUAGCACUGAAAUAUAUUCCCCCUGGCUCAACAGGUGUUGACAAGAUUAACUCAGGGGAGGUCCAUGUGUGGCUGAAGGAGGCCAGAGAGCUGCGUAAGCUAAAGCCUCAGGGUGUCGACUCCUUUGUGAAGUGUUACAUGUUGCCUGACACAAGCAAGAAGAGUCGUCAGAAGACGCGGGUGGUGAAGAAGAGCCAAAAGCCUGUGUAUAACCACGCCAUGGUGUACGACGGUUUCCGUGCCGGAGAGGUCAGAGAGGCUUGCUGCGAGCUGACUGUGUGGGACCACAACAAACUCUCCAAUCAGUUCCUGGGAGGGGUGCGCCUCAGUCUGGGCACAGGACAAAGCUAUGGCAAAAAUGUGGACUGGAUGGAAUCUGUCAAUGAGGAAAUUCAACUUUGGGAAAAUAUGCUAUCAAGUCCAGAUGCUUGGGUGGAGGGUGAGAUCCCCCUUCGUUCCUCUAUGACCCCGAGGAAGUAGAAUAAAUCAGUGCCGGGAGCGCAGCGGUAGUGCUAGAGUCAAAUAUGCGCAUAUUUCCAUAAGCAACACUUUUCAACUUUCUACCCUCUUCAACUGUACUCCAUAAUCUACAUUCUAACUUUUCUGAAUAAAGGAAAACAAAUAUAUCAGGAGGAUGAGGUUCGGUAAGAGGUAAUUACUGCUCAGAACCUUUUUCUUGUGAUAGAUAGUCUUGAUUGUGAUUAAUCAAAGUAUAAAUUAAAAUUAAAAUUAGAAUUGCAAUGCA